AAGUUUCAGUACAAAAAUAGUUUUUAAAUGUAAAUAUCAAAAAAGAAGUAGAAAAUUUUAUGUUAAAUGACUCAAUAUGGUUUAACAACUGAAAAGGCAUUAAAAAAGCUAAAGGAGGCAAUUAAAAAUCAGUUAUGUUGUUGUUUACAACGUAAUAAGAGCAUGUUAUGGUUGCCUCGAAAGUUGUUCAAUGCAGAUUCUACUCUUCAUUUUUCGAUUAUUGGAUGUGGUGGGAUUUUUUUGGUACUGAUAGCAAUAUUAGCAAAUCUGUUUGCUUUUCAUAUGGACAGUUAUACGACGUUGCUCGCUGAAUUUGUAAUAUUGUUGGUUUUUUUUCUUGGAAUUUUAUUAUUUUGUAUUCGUGAAGUCAUUUUAAAAGAAAAUGAAAUUGAAAGAACAAUUGGUUGUCUACUUUCUGAAAUAGAUGAAACAGUUACUUGGUCAGACAACCAAUAUCCAAGUCUUACUUUACCAGAUUCAAGAUCCUUUACAUUAGUUUGGACAUAUAGAGAUGGUCAUGUAGUAAACUUACCAUGGAAUUUAGUAGUUGAAGGGGAUGUCAUUAUCCUUGGGUCUGGUGCUGUAGCUUUAACACGAUGCAAAGAAAUACAAACAGAUGACACUUCUGGGCCUCUACAUAUACUCGAAGCAGGAGAUACUUUUAAUCCAGCAUCAUUAAACAAUAAAGAAUGUGACCCAUUUCCUAGACAAAGAUUUGAAGUAAUGCAAACUCCUGUGGAGACAUUAAUAAGCUCUUACUUUCAUGAAAAUUCUCAUAAGUUGGUAAGCAUUUGUAAUGCUGAUGCCAAAAUUAUUCGUCAAUUUAUUGAAAGAAGAUUACUUUUUGCUGUUGUGUUAUUUGUUUUACUCGUCAACAUAAUAAGAUGGAGAUUGAUUCCUGAAGCUUCUGGAUUUAACCUGGAGAUGAUUUUUUUAAUACCAUGUCAUUCUAUUUUCCCAUUGUUACCUCUUACAUUUCCCAUUAUAUGGAAGUUUGUUUCAUUUUAUGGUGCAGCAAGGUUGCGAGUUCUUCUCUCUAUAUACUCAAAACUGUAUACCAAAGCAAGCGACUCAGAGGAAAUUAUACUGGAACAUGUUGAUCGUUUAGCUGUUUGGAAAUCCUUUUGGAAGAUUCUUUGUGGAGAUCCACAAGGUCUACCUAGAAGAAUUGAUUUAGUGCAUGCUUUGGGUAGCAUUACUACUUUUAGCUGUGUUGAUAAGGAAGGAAUUUUGUGUUAUCCAAAUCCAAUACCUGAAAAGUUGUUUUAUUUUGAGAGCAUGCCAACAACAAGUCAAAUAAAUGAAGGAAAUAUCAAUUCUGCAGAUGUGCCUGUAUGCGUUUCAAGUCAAUUAGAAAGAAGUUUUGAUGAAGUUAAGAUACUUACUAUUUCUUCUGAUCCUCAAAGUUGUAAUGGUUUUAGGUUUGAUGAGUUAGAAUGGCAAAAAUCAAUAUCUUCUUUAAAACCGUUGGGACUUAAUAUGCUUCUUAAUUCACCAUGCUUGUAUCCUUUGAAAACAAUACGAGAAAAUGAUUUUAUUAAUCAAUUGUUAUUGGCUUCAAAUAAUUCUUUAAUGUCAGGAUUAAAUGGGUGUUUGUGUGGUUUAUCUCGAGAAAUUGGUUUUAAAGAUCUUGCUCUUCAUAAUUAUCAACACAAACAAAAGAUUUUUACAUAUAGUCCUAUGGAUUCAACUGAAGCUACUGUCCCUUCAAGUUUUUAUCUUUCUAUUGUAAGAGAAAAACGUCUUCCUCAUAUGAUUUCUUCACUAAUAAAUCAAACCAAUAGCAACAUCACACAAAUGUUAAGUGUUGGGUCAGCUGAUAUUAUUCUCGAAGCUUGUUCGGAUAUAUGGAAUGGGUGUGAUAUUAAACCUCUUUCUGAAGCUAAAAAAGAAAAAGCUCUUAGCUUUUUUCAGCGUAUGGAUAUUACAGGAAGAUGUUUAGCUUAUUCAUACAGACCUGUAUUUGAGAAUGUUACUGUGAAUGACCAUUCAUUUGUUCAAUUUUCUAAUAAACGUUGGAAUUCAGUAGAGCUGCAAGUUUCAAACAAAGUGUACACAGACAGUGAAAUGUGUGAGGUUGAAAUUAAAAGUGUUCAGGAAGAUCUAUGCUGCGAGGAUUUACUUAAGAAGCCUGUUUUUAACAGUUCUACAUGUCAACUUGACAAACAGAUAUUUCUUGGCAUGGUAACCUUGACUCAUCUAUUGAAAGAGGAUGUUUUGACAUUAGUUGAACAACUUAAUGUUGCUGGUAUUCGAUUUGUACAUUUUUCUUAUGAUAAUGAGCUUCUUAGUAGGGUAUUUUGUCAGCGUUUAGGAUUAGAAACAGGAUGGAAUUGUCAUAUUUCACUCAGUGAUGAUAAUGAUUAUAUUGAGUAUUCAUCUUCAGCCAUUUCUGAUUCCUGCCCAUUUUUGUAUCAAGAAGAUGUUGAGGGUUUUAACCGCAGUUUUAGGCGUAGAGAAAAUGAGUCAAGCUUAGGAAGUUUUCGACGACGUGAACCAUAUUCAAGUGCAAGUUUACUAGCUAAAGGUGAAUCACAAGAUGAAGAUUUGCCACCUAAAAAUCAUUAUGCUGAGUUUGAUGAACUUUAUUUUAUGACUAAUCGGUCUAAACUCCCAAAAGGUAUACAAUGUAUGCGAGCUCAUCUGGAAGAAGUUGAUGAUGUGCCUUUACUUGUUCCUUUAUUUACUGAUUGUACACCUCAAGCUGUAUGUGAUAUGAUUAACAUUAUGCAAGACUAUGAUGAUAUUGUGUGUUGUAUUGGAAGUUCUUUAAACUUACAAAACCAUACAAUAUUUUCUUCUGCUGAUGUUAGUAUAUCAGUUAAUCCCAUCUUGCGUAAUGUGUGUACCACCAAAGAUCAAAAGAUCAAUGACUGUUAUGAGCUACAUCGUUCUGAUUUAUGUUUAUGGACUACUAACAAAUAUAGAGGCCCUUUGGAGUUAAGUUCAUUGUUGAAUAGUGUCAGUUGUUCACUUCGAUUAACACGUGAAGAAAACUUCCCUAUUUCAGCUCUUUUAUGUGAAUCUCGCCGUAUAUUGUUUGGCCUUCGAAGUUGUUUUCUGUUCUUGGUUUAUUGUCAUCUUUUUUUGACAAUUCUUCAACUGCUUUCAACAUGUUUUUUACUACCUCCACCUUUAAGUGGUUUACAAAUGUUGUGGCUUAUUUGUAUCAUAAUCCCUUUGUUAAGCAUAUCACUUAUUGGGACACCUAAUAAUGGGAAGUUGAUGAAGGUUAUUACAGGGAAAAGAAAAAAACACAGUUAUAAAGAGUUUGCUUCCAGUUAUGUUAAACAGUUUUUUGUAACAUUUGGAUUAAAUGCUUUUUUGAUAACUACUGGCUUAUUUCCUUGGUUACUAACAAUGUUUUGUAAAAGAAGUAAUGCAAAAACAAGAUGCUCAUGGUUUUUAGGUGCCAGAAAUGCCUCACUCUCUAUGGGUGGAUACUAUGAUGAAUUAAAAGAUGGCUACCAUGCAGCUCAAGAUGUUAUUCUCUGUUACAUAACUAUUUCUUUUACAUUGCUGUCUUCAUCAUUCGUACAUCGUUCUGAUUUUUUAUGGAGGAAAUCACCUUUUAAGAACAAACCUUGGUGUGUUUGUAUUUUGGCAAGUUUGCUUCUACAGGCAGUUCUCACAUUGAUCUUUGAUUACUCGCAUGAUUUAGCUGCUAUUUCUCCAUUUUUUUAUCUUGUUUGCUUUGUUGUUUUAUUUGUUGUUAUAUUGUUAAGCGAGGCAUACAAAGGAUGUUUAAAGAGGAAAUCUGUACGGCUUCAAAAGAGAGAAAGACUUAAGUUUGAUACCAAACUUGGAAUGAAUUCUCCAAUAUAAACUUAAAUUAUUAUAAGUAUAAUCCGAUAUCUCGAGAAAUUUUAUAAAAACUUUAAUAUAUUCAUACCCGUAGUAAUUAUAUAUUACAUAUAUAAACCUUUAAUAGUUAUAUAUAUAUAUAUAUAUAUAUAUAUAUAUAUAUAU